GCCCUUAUACCCACCACCUAGUUUUAACAAUUGUUAACACUGUGUCAUAGCUACUUUGUGUAGGUGUACAUUUUAUUUUUUACUGAAUCACUCAAAAGCGCUUUCCAAACAUCCUGACACUUCACUCCUAAAUAAUUACCCAUGUAUCCCUGAAAAAUGGCAUGUUCCUUCAUACCGUUAUCAGUCCUGAGAAAAACUAACACGAAUUCUCUAAUGUCUCAUAUUCAGAUUUCCCAAAUUGUACCCCAAAACCCUUCUUUUUUUAACUAGUGUUUAAUUCGUUUAUUUUUGGUACCAGGAUCCAAUCAAGUUUCACCUGCAUUCUGACUUUUAGGUCUCUAGUAGUUUGUAAAUUCUAGAAUUCUCCCCCUCCACCCCACCCACUCUUACAAGAAUUAAAGAGGCCAGGCCCGCUGCCUCAUAGAAUGUCCCCUACUCUGGAUUUGCCUAAUUGUUUCCUCAGGUCAUUUAGCUGCUGCUGCCAUCUGUACUUCUUAUAAACUGGAAGUUAGUUCUAAAGGCUUAAUUAGAGGCAGUUCAGGUUUUUUUUUUUGCAAGAAUCCUUCCUGUGCGUGUCUCCCGUUAGUGGUGGCUGAGUCUAAUCCCUAGGAAAGUAGGUGGCCAUUAGCUGUCUGGAGAGAUCUGUUUUCCCUUUUUGCCGUAGGCAGAUGACCUGUGGGGUGAGACUAUGGGAAACGGUUCCCCCAUGGCUCCCUGACAGCCUUGCACGUCUCCACAUAAGCGAUAUUUAACUGUGGUCUGACCCGGACCAUGGCAGAACACUUGCUGAUUCCUCCUGAAAUAAAGGGAGGUAAGCAGGCUUGCAAAGCGCUGCCACGAGGCAUUUUCCCACCUGCCUCCCUCUCCUGCAAAGACUGCCGCAAGACCAUUUCUCAUUCAGCUCCCCUGUGUCGGCUGAGUACAGGAUUUUCCACCUCACUCCUCCUCGGAGCGUAACUGCAGGCUAUAAAACAACUCUAUAGCUACCUUGUGAGGCACCUUACCUGCCUUAUUUAUCAUGGGCCUUCAGCAACUCCACGAGCCACGUAUGAUUAUGACCCGUAUUUCACAAGUGAGGAAACUGACGCUUCUGUUCCUUCUGCUGGUCCACUUGGUUGUGAGUCUGUCCGGGGCUAUGCAUGAGGUGCUCACUGCAGCAUUAUUUAAGUGGGAGUGGUGGGGUCGGGGAGCUGGAAGUAGCCUGACCGUCCUCUCUGGAGAAGAGAGUAAACUGUGGGACCACAGGUGUCCCAAGCAACCGUCAGAAGCCAAUGUGUCCAGAGGAACAUGGAUGGAUCUUAAUAAAAUCGUAGUGCUGAGCAAGAAAAGUAAGAAUAGCAUGAGGUAUUUAACACAAUCAUGGGUAUGUAAAUUAGAAAAUACAUGCACAGGAAACCAUGGCUCCCAUUUUACGAGAACCCACCCAACAAAAAAAGAUAUAUAUGAACAGAUUACAAUGUUUGCCAGUAGGGGGCACCAAAAGAGAUUGCAAAUAGGGAGAUAUGAGGGAAUACAAGAAAUCAAGAGGUGUCUUGUGGGGAAUAAUGAGCUAUAAACUGAGGGUGUGGUAUUAACUCAACCCAUGACACCUGCAAUCUGAAAAGAAGACGGGAAGGAGUGUGGAGGAGGAUGAGUCCCAAAUUUAGUAGGGAAGGUGUCUCUGGGGCGAGAUGGCGGCUUCGAAUGUCAUCUGCAAUGUAUGCACUUUAAAAAACAAUCUGCAGUGAAUCCAUAAAAAUGCUUAGAUUUGACAGAGCGGGGUGAUGAGGAUGUAGGUGUCACAUUACUCUCUACAUUUUUUGUAUACUUGAAAUGUUUUAUUUUUUGGAGGGGGACGGUAAUGAAGUUUAUUUAUUUAUUUUAUUGGGGGUACUGGGGAUUGAACCCAGGACCUCAUGCACGCUAAACAUGCGCUCUACUACUGAGCUAUCCCCUCCUCCCUUGAAAUGUUUCAUAAUAAAAAAAUUUUUUUUGAGAAAAGUUUCCUUUCACCACUGACCAUGGAAAACAAAACAUCUUAUUUUAAAAACAUAAGUACAAAAAAAUAAAAAUAAAUACGAUGCCAAUAUGUUAUCAUUAAAUCCUAGUCAGUCAGUGAGGCCUGUUAAGAACUGCUCUUAAGAAAGGAGAGGUGUUUAGGACACAGCAGCAUCAAACUGCUGAUAUUUCUCCACGGUACCAUCAGAAGGACUGGUUAGAAAUGAAUCCUUUACUCAUCACAUGAAUUUUGUAUCAUUCCGAUGCCAUUUCAUUUCAUGUCCAUGAAACACCUAAAAUUAACUUGUGUGCCCUCUUUGGAAAACACCACUUUUAACACAUUGAAUAUAUUUCUUUUGAAAGGAUCCACCCUCUUUAGAAAGCAUUGUAAUAAAAAAAAAUACAUUUAUUGUGAGUGUACAGCUUGAUGACAUUUCACAGUCUGAAUAUUCCUAUGCAGCCAGUGUCCAAAUCAAGAAAGAGAAACUCCUUUCCUGUCCCCUCCAGUCACAAUGCCCCCAAGGUAACCACUCCCCCUAUUUUUUGUUGUUGUUGUUUAUUCUAGAAUUUUUUAUCUAGACUCAUACAGUUGUAGCCUUUUGAGUGUGGCUUUUUUUCAUUUAGCAAAAUGCUUUUGAGGUUCACCCCGGUUGCACCAAUCCAUUCCCUUUUAUUGUUGAAUAGUAUCCAUUGUGUGCAUGCAUUGUGUGCAUUAAACAUUCUCCUGUUAAGAGACAUUUGGGUGGUUUCCGGUUUGAGGCUGUUAGGAAUACACUCCCAGCGCUUGAUAGACAGAAGUGGGGGAAUUUCUGGGGACAAAUAGCUGGAUCAUAGCAUAGGUGUGUAUCAUCUUUAGGAGAUCUUGCCAUUGUGAUUUUUAUCAUCAGCCUUCUGAGCAUCUGAGUAAUUAGCACUUCAAAUUUUAUUGUUCUGGCUUAUAUAAUAGUAAGAAAGAAUACUGAAAAUUCAAAACACCCAAAUACACUGGGUUCAUGUUUCAGGACAAAAUGAAUUUCUUUUAUGACAGGUGACAUAUUAUUGCCCCCACUGAUGACAACUUUCUGCUUUUACUAGACAUUUUAUAUAACGUCUAAUUACAGUUAUCAACUAUUUGAAAAUAAAAAUAUUUCAUAUUAUUAGCUUGGCCCUAUUAUUUUGCAAGUUAUUUUAGCUAAAGUUUAUAAAAUGUAUUUUACAGAUUAUAUGGAUUAUUAUUUAAAUUUUCUCAUUAGUACUUAAUAUAUAUAUAAAUCAACAGAGAAAAACAAUUUUAAAUGUAAAGUGGAUUGACUAAAAAUCAAUUAUCCAUUUUAACUGGAAAACAUCUCAUGUGUCUUAUUACCAAGCCAGUAUCUUGACAGUGGAAUUUUAAGUUCCAUUUGUUUGCUCGUAUCUCUCACACUGGGAGAGCCAAGGCCUAGAGAGAAAUCGCUGCAAAUGCCCUAGUCCUCGGGGUUGAGAAGUUCUGGGGAAGAACCAGCGCCCCAAGCCACAAUUUUCGCCUGCGGAAUUAGCCUUGUGCCACGAGGGGGCGCCAUCGGAGGGAACGUGGGCCUCUCCCGAGCGUUGCUGGUGAGGCGCGGCCGCCUGCUGCACCAGGCCUGAAGACACCCUUUGCAGUCAUCCCCGCACUUAGUUCCCACUGCCGUCCAAGAAAGCGGUAUGAUGGUACCCAUUCUGCAGAUGGGCAAAUGCACAUGCCAGGACGCGCUGCACGGAGUAGGCGGAACUUGGAUUUGAACCUAGGUCCCUUUGAUUCCGCAGACUGAAGACAUUUCCACCCACGGCUCCUCGCUCUGACCCUGCUUUCUCCGCUCGUGUGCGGUGAUGCUGGGGGCCACGUUUCUCCCCAAGCCCAUCAGUGUCCCCCUCUCUUUUUCUAGCACACUCGUCUCCCUGCUUGCUCUUUAGAUAUUCAUCUCAAAAUCCUCUGACACACCCCUUUUCCUUCCAUCUUGCCCCUCAUCCCAGAGCCCGAAAAUCAGCCUUCUGAGUAUUCUUCCCACUUGCCUCAUCUGCUAUCUCCUCUCCUUGUCCAGCUGCCCUCGCCUGCUGGGGUCCUGGCCUGCCACUUCCCCUGGCUCCCAGCCUGGGUGUGGUGGAUUCACCAGCAGAAGACGCAGUUCCGGGAUUGCUGCUGGUUUGACUUGGAUCUCUCCCCUCCUCCCAGGAAGGCUCUAGUCCUAAGGAGAGACAGCAAGUCUCACCCUCCCCGCCCUGCCCCCUCCACCACCACGAUAGCCUGAGAACCAGAGGCAUGUCACCCUGCCCAUUUGGCCAGAUAUAGCAUGAUCUGGAAUUUCAGGUCUAUAAAUCACUUGGUGGGGUGGGGGGGCUCUUAAAGCUGUUCUCCCACACUGGUCUGCUGCUUGACCUCUUGUCCCCUCCUCCAGACACCCUCCCCUCUUCCAGGAAACUGGCCCAAGGAGGGGCCUGAGCAUAUAUAAGAAGCCACUGCGGGAGGGGCUGGCCAGAGAGGCUUCCAGCAGAGAAGGCACGACUAUGGCUUCUGCAGCAGCAGAAGCAGAGAAGGGGUCUCCGGUUGUGGUGGGACUGCUGGUCAUUGGCAACAUCGUUAUUUUGCUGUCGGGCCUGGCCCUGUUUGCCGAGACGGUGUGGGUGACAGCCGACCAGUACCGCGUGUAUCCACUGAUGGGCGUCUCCGGCAAGGACGACGUUUUCGCCGGCGCCUGGAUCGCCAUCUUCUGUGGCUUCUCCUUCUUCGUGGUGGCCAGCUUCGGUGUGGGCGCUGCCCUCUGCCGCCGCCGGUCCAUGAUCCUCACGUACCUGGUGCUCAUGCUCAUCGUCUACAUCUUUGAGUGUGCCUCCUGCAUCACGUCCUACACCCACCGAGACUACAUGGUGUCCAACCCAUCCCUGAUCACCAAGCAGAUGCUGACUUUCUACAGUGCAGACUCAGACCAGGGCCGGGAACUGACCCGCCUCUGGGACCGCAUCAUGAUUGAGCAAGAGUGCUGUGGCACGUCAGGUCCCAUGGACUGGGUGAACUUCACAUCAGCCUUCCGGGCCACUACCCCGGAGGUGGUGUUCCCUUGGCCCCCACUGUGCUGUCGGCGGACUGGAAACUUCAUCCCCCUCAAUGAAGAAGGCUGCCGCCUGGGCCACUUGGACUACCUGUUCACCAAGGGCUGCUUCGAACACAUUGGCCAUGCCAUUGACAGCUACACGUGGGGCAUCUCAUGGUUUGGCUUUGCCAUCCUGAUGUGGACGCUCCCUGUGAUGCUGCUCGCCAUGUAUUUCUACACCACGUUGUGAGGAACAAGAAGGCAAGGCCACGUGCGCAGCCCAGGCCUCCUCCUGCCCUACUUCCUCCGGCUGAGACCCGGAGGACCGCCUCACCUCUCCCCUUCCCACCCCCCCGUCUCUUCCCUCUUUCUACUCCAAAGACCCUUUACCAGGUUUCUGAGCCGUGUUGGAAGUUGGGGUGCCCUGAACCCCCUGGACAUGUGUGCACAGACCCUUAGCCCUUAACCUCUUUUCACUUGGCUAAUUCCUGGCCCAUCUUUCGGUGUCAACUUAAAGUCCUGUCCUCAAGGAGCCCUUCCCUGACCCCCCACCCCGGUCACAGAUGCCCCUCUUGUAGCCCCCUGAGCUCCUCCUUCACGGUCGAUGUCGCCACCGUCACUGAAUGGCAAUGUGGUUGUCUAUUUAAGCUCUGGUAGACUGAGACUGCCGUGUGGGGAGGGACAAGUUCUGUCAUGGUCACUUUAUUGUCCCCAGCAUCGCCCAGCACAGGGCUGAGCACAGAUACUCAAUAAACACUGCUUGAAUGUGUUGAUUUGUUUUCUUAUGAAGCAAAGGCAAAUAAACAAGAACUCUUCCCAUGAAAAGAGCAGAAACCCAACUGGCACUGUCUAAAACAUCAAAUGGAAUUUACUAGCUCAUGUAACUGAGUCAGUAGGGCUGGCUUCAGGCAUGUUUGGAUCCAGAGGUUCAGUCUCAGUUUCCAGGAAGCCCGUUUCAUUCUCAGGCAGAAUUUCUCUGGCAACACCAGACUUACACCUCCAUAGCUCAGCAACACAACAGCAAGAAAGGGCCUCUUUCCCAAUAGCUGUUGCCAAGGUCAGGGAUGAAAUCUCACUGUCUUGGUUUAGGUUCUAGGCCCACCCUUCGGUUGAGGAAGGGAGGGCACCUGGAUUAACAUUCUUGCUAAGGAUGCAUCCAUGGGGGUGGUGUUGGGAGGGGGGUUGUUUAGCAAAGGAAAAUCAGAGCAAGGGCUGCUGGGCCAGUGCAGGUGACAGACAUCCUCCUACCAGGGGCUACAGCUUCCGGCAAGUUCUCUAGGGGUGCAUGACAGCAGGUUUUGAAGCUCAUCAUUGCUCUUUUGUCCUCUCUGAAGCACGCCCGUGCUUUGGCCAUUUCAUAGCCAUUAGGCCCUGCGUGGAGAGUUUGGCUUCCUUCCCCAUCUAAUGAAGUUUCUCAGGGUCCUCAUUUACUCCACUGGUCGGCAGAUGGUCUGAAAAUGCUGAAUUCAGAUGUCAGCUUUUUUAAAAUACACUGUUAAAAGAUGUAUAAUGGUCAAAUGUGUUAGGGUGAAAAAUUCGAAACAACCUAACAUUCAUCGGGGGGAGGGAUUGUAAGCUCAUAUCCUUGGACUAGAAUUCUCUGUGGCUGUCAAAAAGACGAGAGGUCUAUGUGAGCUGAUAGAAAAAGAUGUCAUGAUGGUAUAGAUAACUGGAAAGCACACAUAUAAGGAUGUUCAUUACAGUAACCUAAGUGAGCAACACCAGGCGACUGGUUCAAUUAGCUGUGCUAGGUCUAGACUCCCGAAUACCACACAGUAGUAAAAAAUAAUAUUUUCACGUGGAAAAAUCUCCAAGAAACGCAGAGUAGGAAAACUUCAGUACUUUUAUUCCUGUAGAUACAUAAGCAGGGUUGGUCUUUUCUUUUUAAAGAAAUGGGUCAAGGUUUGACACGACAUUGUAAAAUGACUAUAACUCAAUCAAAAAAUGUUAAAAAAAAAAAGAAAGAAA